AUGUCUCGCUCCAAUAGACCUCGAGCAACCAACAACCUACCAGCAGAACGCUACCAGGGCCGUGCCUCGUUCGGAACAGAACCACCACCCAAAGAAAAACGCAAGGGCAUGGUCGAGGAGACACUUGCCCAGAUCUCUAACGUCCUGACAACCAUGGGAAUCAUUCAAGAACAAUCGAAAUCGACCUUUUUCCCAACGCAGCUCGAAACUCUCGACAACAACGCCUCCCCGGGACACACAUUCCCCAACACCAAAGUACGAUAUGGUGACACCUUCUCCUUAACAUGGCAAGUCCUCAAGACCCGACCCGACUACCUGCACCGAACGGCGGUGCUGAACUGUGCUUCUGACGUCGAACUAGCUGGAGGUUGGCGACACCGAUUCGGCACUACGCAAGAGGACGCGCUGUGCUACUCAUCGACCCUAUGGCCGACGCUGGACCAGUGGAAGGAAAAGUAUCCCUGGCGGACGGUGGUGCAGCGAAAAGACUGGGCGACCGUGAGCGUGCUUAGUGUGGCGGCCCUGGCCUGUUCGUCUCUCGUGCCGGACAAAAGUUCCAAAAAGAGAGCGACGGGGGAAAUGCGCAUGAAGCUCGACAAGGACGUGGAGACGAUCAAGGAGAGAUUCAGGAUGGCCUUGAGGAUGGCAGCCAGGCAAGACAAAAGUGUCCUGAUGUUAGCGGCACUGGGCUGCGGAGUGUGGAAGUGCCCACCGAAACAGGUGGCAGAGCUUCUGCGGGAAUGUUUGGGAGAGGCCGAGUUCGCGGGCUGGUUCGAAGAGAUCUGGAUUGGGAUUUACGACGAAGCAGUCUUCCGGAUCUGGGAGGAGGUAUUCGGUGGCGACGCUGGAUGA